CGAUGUGCAGCCAGUCUCCGUUUUUCGAGCGACGAGCACGCUUCUCAGUCGCUCCGUGGUCUACAAUCAGCCAGGCGACGAACCAAUCACUCGGCUUUCUUUCUCUUAAUACAGUACACACGACUUCUUCUUCCUCUCAUUAGAUUUGUACCAGAGGCAACAAAAAGGGAGGAAAUUGUCUCACUUUUCUCAUUCGCUUUCUUCCUCUCUCGCUUAGUUCUUCUACACAUUUAAGCCAUCCCCUCCACACGUCCGUAUAUGUUCCAGUCGUCCCCGCAUCCUUACUCUGGCAGAGACAAGCAUGUUUUAAGAUCAAAAACAGAAUGACAGUCUUACGAGCUGAGUACCCCUGUGACCUGAAUAUUGACAGGUGUUUCUGUACUUGGGAGGGCACAUGGAUCGCACCAUUACUCGGAAAUUGAUGGUCAGAAGACUUUGACCUUUUUUAGUUCUGGUUGGAAUUGCAACCAAAAUAGGAGAAGUUUUCCGUCCCAUUAAUCAAGUAAGGAAAGAAGAGGGUUGCUGCUCUGGUGGCUAAACUGUAGAGGAAAGUAUACACUCCGUGCUGUGAUCAUUAUCAUCAUUUGUUGAAGGAAAGUGAGCCGUGUUUCCGUUCUCGACUUUUACUUGGAAGUUUUCCUCUCUCUCUCUCUAAUUCAUGAACGCCGAAGACACUGAUUUUGUAAAAACUAUUCAUUCCUCCUUUCUGAUUAGAGAUUCAAGCAGCAAAUCGACUCCUCCUCUCGACGUUCAAUUAUUUCGUCAAGGAAGAAAGUUGUCUUAAUUUCUGUCACCCAGCUAUUGUUCGUCGUAAGAUAAGUUUUUUAAUUGAUCGUCACAAUCCUCUCAAGAACCAAUAAUAAAGUCGUCGUCAUCGGCAUCAGCUCCUCAUUUCGGCUCCUUGCCCACAAGGCAUAAAUAAAGUCGGAAUCUCGGCGGCCGUCAAUCUUCAUCCGAAAAGUGGAAUAUCCAGGCGGCGAGCAGAGUGAAAGUUUUUAAGAAGAAAAUGAGACUCCUUCUUCCUCCGACUCCUUUGACGGGAGAGGAGUCAUAAUGAGAUUCAUUGGAAAAUUGUGAGUCGCAUACAAAUCAGUGGGGAAGCCGAGAAAAGGAAUUAAUGACCGAGAAGAAGAACCAUCCCAGCCAAAAAACCAGUGAAUAUUAUCCAGCAGGGCUUCCUCCUCCACUUUCUCUCCCACUUUCUCCCCGAACAACAACAGAAGCAGCAUCAGUUAGUUGAGUGACACCUGCUUAUACACGUCACCGUUCUUGUCCCCGUCGUUGUCGUCGUCUUGUUCUUCUGCUCGUAGUGGUUGGAACGACACUUACUUCUUCGCAGUAUGGAUGCCAUGUCAGAAACAACGAGUUUGAGCAGCGGUGACGUGAGGAUGGAAGGGGACAACUCGGCGCUUAUGGAUGAAUUUGGUGCGCAUCCGUCCACCUACAGACCCUUUUUGGAAGAGCUCUGCGAAAAGACCAAGUUCAGCAAGAGUGAGAUCCGAUUUCUCUACAGGGGAUUCAAGCAGGAAUGUCCAGGCGGAAUCGUCCAAGAGGAUACAUUCAAAGAGAUAUAUGCUAAAUUCUUUCCGUAUGGAAAUUCAUCCAUGUAUGCUCACUUAGUCUUCAAAGCUUUUGAUAUUACUAGUGUCGGCGCAAUCACGUUCAAGGACAUGAUCCUCACGUUGUCAACCCUGCUGCGGGGUUCGAGUCGGGAAAAGUUGAGAUGGAUAUUUUCUCGGCUUUAUGAUUUAAAUGGGAAUGGAUUCAUAACGAAACGAGAGCUUUUCGACAUUGUGUCCGCUGUGCAUGAUCUCGUCGGAGUUUCCAAACAACAAGCUCAAGCGGAAGAUCGCAAGACGAGAGACCAUGUGGAUAAAAUAUUCUCCAAAUUCGAUGUCAAUCGGGAUGGAAUUGUGACAAUCGAGGAGUUUCUUGAAUCCUGCUUAAAAGACGAACUGAUCAUGAAAUCUUUGCAAGUUUUUAGUACGACGCUAUGAACUUAGGUUCAUCUUUGUAUAAGAUCGCACUACUCCACAACACACCACAUACUCGACUACUACUACUUUUGUAUUCAGACUUAAAAUAAACACAUAGACGAAGAGAUGAAGAAAAAGACGACGAAGAAGGAGAUGAGAUGAGCAUGAGCAAAUCUUGGUUUAUGGGAUGAUGUUGUGCUCAUCGAGAAGAAGAAGACGGUGAUAUUUCGCAAGCUUACUUGAACUAGGAUACAAAUGUUUAAAAAAAUCUUAUAGACGAUCAAGAACCAGACACGAUACAUGAUACCAUAAUUAUUAUUGCUAUACUGUAGUAGAAAAUGUUUACGAUAAAAAAAUGCGUUACUGAAAUCCACACAUUUAACACAGGGGAAGAAAAAAUGUGGAGCCGGUGUUUAAUCAAUCCGUCAGUUUUAACUACCAAAAUCGUAUUAUUACAAAAUCACAGAAAUGAUAUGAACGACUGUCCUAUUAAAAAAAUGGGGGGAGGAAGAAGAAGAAACCAAGUUUUUAGGUGAGAUAUUUCCACCCAUUCUGAUUAUCUGUGAGAAUAAUAUAUACAAAUUAUUGGGAUGUUCGGUGAUUUUAAUUAUAAGAGAACGAGACAAAUCAUAUUUAACGAAAUUUAUGUAAACGAAAUCAUAAACUGAUCCAGACUCGAUCGUGUUUAUUAUUAUUUAGUUGAAUUUUUAUUAUUCUAAAUACUUAGUGAGUAAUUCUUAUGUGCUGUUCCUAUUUAUCAUGCAGUAUCAGCAGCAAGCAACGAUAUGAAACAAUUCCAUACAUAGAUCCGCAAUCUACACAAGUAGUUUAUUUAUUAUUAUUGAUAUUGUUGUACGAGUUGUGCAUAUGUAUUUCUAGUCCUUUUAUUAUUAAUAUCUAAAUCCGUUCAGAAACAAUCAACUUGAAAUUUUUGACGCCAAUCGAAUCCAUGUAUUUACCUAAUAGUGUAUGAUUGAUUGAUUGAUUGCGUAAUAAUCACCAAAUGAAAUAUUUCCGAUUCAUUCUCAUCGUCCCUGUUCAUUGCAACUAUAAGUAUUUACCUGGAGCAGGUGCUAUGUAAAGUGUAGCUUGAAUCUAGCAUGUAGUAGCCUAUAGUAUUAUACAGUACCUGCCGUUGUUGUUCAUCAUAAGAGAUACAAACGUAGAUCUUGCUGCAAUAGUACUAGUUUUGUUCCAUUUUACCAGUAAAGAGUUUAUGACACUGUU